CAAUAUAAAUACGUCUUUAAAUGUCAUAGUUUCAUUCCCUGUUGGUUGAUCUACUGAAAUCAUUGCCAAUAUGAGGUCUCCUUUUAUUCUACUGCUAUUAGCUGGAAUUGCUGCUGCAAGUAGUGCCGACGAUGACAACCAUGGCUGGACAGUUGGAAAAGAAUAUCAAUAUCUCGUACGUAGUCGUACACUAACUGGACUGGAAACCUUAGAUGACCAAUAUGUUGGUAUUUUAAUGAAAGCGAUACUAAGGGUUCAAUAUGUUUCUACUGACACCUUUAGAUUAAAAUUAAUGAAUCCUCAGUAUGCUAAAAUACACAAGAAACUACCAGACGGUUCGGAAUCUUAUAUCUCUGAUCAGAUGUUAGAAUACGAAGAUCUACCAUUAACUAAUGAGCCGUUUAUUGUUAAACAAAAACAUAACAUCUUCAGAGAAUUGAUCGUUAGCAUGAAUUUACCAGUUUGGGAAAUAAACAUCAUCAAGAGUAUCGUCAGCCAAUUACAAACUGAUACUCAAGGAGAAAACGUGAAAAGAACUAAGGGUCUUCAAAUACCAGAAAAUGAAAAUCCUUUUGCCACUUUCCAUUCUAUGGAAGAUAGUAUUAGUGGAAGAUGUGAAGUUCUCUACGAUAUCGUACCGUUAGCUGAACAAACCAUUCAUAAUCAUCCAGAAUUAUUACCAAAUCCAAAAGUACGGGGUAAAGGAGAACUCUUCUACAUCACGAAAACUAAGAACUACGAGAAAUGCGAUCAACGCAUAGACUAUUAUUUUGGAUUAAAUGGAAAUUUAAACUGGGAAUCCGAUAUUAGAAACAAUGAUCGAAUUAUGAAAAAAACCUCAACGUCUUAUAUGGUUUUAUCUGGAACUCUUAAGGACUUUAUUGUACAAUCGGCUGUAACAACAACUAAAGUAAUCAUGAAGCCGAGACUUGCAGAUGAACAAGAAAGCAUUGUAAUGAGUAAAAUGAAUGUGACUCUUGUUAGUGUCCAGAAAGCAACAAACCAAAUACCAGAACCGAUUCGUCCUAUAUCAACUGGAAAUUUAAUUUACACUUACAACGAUCCAUUUUCGGAAACUGAACGUCAACGACUUGGACAACCUGGCGAAAGUUAUAAUUCGAUGUCGAACGAAAUGAACUCUAAUUCUGAAAGUAACGAAGAACUACAACUUAUGAAGGAACUGUAUGGUCACACUCUUGGUCACAAAACCAAUGUUAUUAAUGACGAGGACAAAAGAUAUUGGCAGAAAAAACCAACGUUACAAGAUGCACCUAGAAAUCCAUUCUUACCAUUGUUCAUUGGUAACAAGGGCAAGGCAGUCCUAUUAUCUGAUAAGGUAGACUCUACUAAAAUGGUAUCGACACUUGCCGAAGAAAUUGUAAACGAAAUAGAAAAUCCAAACACCAUGUCUGAAGAAGAGACCUUAGAAAAAUUCACGAUUAUUUGUAGAUUGAUCAGUAGCAUGAGUUUAGAGCAAAUCAACAAUGUCGAAAGAAACUUGCAUUCCAUUAUGAAUGAAAAUAGUUCUGACGAACGGACUCAAAUUAAAAAUGAGGACAUUAAAGCUCUAUUUCAUGAUGCAGUUGCUAGUGCAGGAACUGGACCUGCUUUGAUGACUAUCAAACGUUGGAUCGAAGAAAAACAGAUCAAAGAAUCAGAAGCUGCCGAAAUUGUAUCAGCCCUUUAUAAGACUGCACGAACACCUACAGCCGAAUAUGUCGAUACUUUAUUUGAAAUGGCAAAUAAUCCAGAGAUACAAAAACAAAUGUAUCUCAAUUCGUCGAUGGUUUUAUCCUUCGCUGAAUUAGUAUAUCUCACUCAAGUUUCUAAUAACAGCAUGUUCAAUUUUUAUCCAGUUAAUGUUUUCGGCCGUCUAUCAUCUAAACAAAAUGACGCAGUUUUAAGAAAAUACAUUCCAUUCCUUGCGGAACAAUUGAGGAAAGCUAUCAAGGAUGGAGAUAGUCCAAGAAUUCAAGUGUAUAUUAUUGCUUUAGGUAUAACAGCACAUCCGAAGAUAUUGAGCGUUUUUGAGCCUUACCUCGAGGGCAAGGAACAAGUGUCAAAUUACCAACGUUUCCUGAUGGUUAUGUCUUUAAGAAGAUUAGCUGAUGUUAAACCUAGCCUUGCACGUUCUGUCUUAUACAAGAUCUACCUCAAUACCUGGGACGUUCAUUAUAUUCGUUGCGCUGCUGUCUAUUUACUAAUGAAAACGAGUCCACCGUUAGAUAUGCUCACGCGUAUGGCACAAUUCACCAAUUAUGACUAUAAUAGACAUGUCAUUUCUGCAGUUAAAUCAAUGAUUGAAAAUGCAGCUAAGUUACCGUAUCCUGAGUGGCAAGGAUUAGCAAGCAAUGCUCGCAAAGUACUUCAUCUAUUGAAUCCAGUAGAUAUUGAAUAUUAUGAUUCACAAAAUUAUUUUGAGGAAGUUAGAAUGAAUGAUCAAUUGAGUUACAGAAUGUUAAUUAAUUUUAUCGGAAGUGAAGAUAGCAUAUUGCCAAUGUCUAUGUUCUUUGCUAUGAAACCUUCUUACAAUGAUUUCCUUGAUUAUCCAUAUGAAUUAGGUUUGAGUUUGUCGAGUGUAAAGAGUCUAUUAGAAAUGUAUUGGCAUAAAUCUGAAAAAGAAAACGUUGGGGAGUCACCUACGGAGAAAAUCGCUAAAAUGCUUAACAUCCAAUCGAAUGAUGUUGAACAAGUGGAAGGAACAUUCUUCUAUAGGACGCCGUAUCUUGAUAGUUACUUAGCUUUUGAUAAUCAUACCAUUGAAAGAGUUUUACGUUAUCUAAUGUCUUCGAAGCACAGUGGUCGUGUUAACAAAAAUAAAUGGUUAAACCACGACAUGAUUAUGAGUUUUCCUACUGAGACUGGUUUACCUUUUGUUUACGCCUUACAUAGACCUGUAUUUUACAAAAUUAGUGGUGCAGCUAAACCAGAUAUGAAAUCUGGAUUCGAGCUUCGUCUACUUAUGUGUACAAGAGAUCAAGGAAGAACUGGAUUCAUAACACCAUUUGAUCAUGAAGCAUACGUAUCAGGCAUUGAUACCAAUUUACAAAUUUUCCUACCAUUUAGACUAAAUUACAAUUUCAAUUCUGAAAAACAUAGAAUCGAUUUAACAAUUCGACCAUCAAAAGAAGAUGUCAAUAAGAGGACCAAACUGGUACACUAUAGUGAGAUUCCUUAUACCUCGCAAUAUGAUCUCCUGUCGUUACGUCCAUUGCUCUUAACCAAGAACACUCAUAGAGUAGAAUCGAAAAAACCAACACAUAUUAGAAUUCCAGAAGAUCUUAACAGCGUUAUUGCCAUAGAGGCUGAAGGUGAAAAUCUUGUAAGAAGAUUUCAAAAAUUCCUAGAAAGUUACGAUAAGUGGGAUGAUAUGGCAACUGAGUAUUCAAGUGACGGUAGAUACAAAAAAAUUGACAUUUAUGUCAAAUCUAAUCUACAAGAAAACGAAGCUAUUAAACUUUUUGUCGUUUGGGAUUAUAUGCAAAUUAGACCAGAAAAUGAUAAUUCUGAUGAGGGAACUUGGGAAUCCGGCAAGAAAGUAGUUUUAACAGACCAAUACACACCUGAUAGCCCGACUAGAAGAAAAACUUACAUGCUAGAAGCUUCUAAAGGUAUGAAUUCUGGAGAUGCGUUUGUUGUUGACGUUGGUGUGGAAAUACCCGGAAAAUGGGGUGGUGGUCACGUUUUGACCUGGUGUAUGGCUACUAGCGAUGUUGAAAAUAAAUACCGAAGUCUUUCGUACAUGCACGUGAACAUACCUCAACAUGGUGAAACUUUCGAAAUUUGCACUAAUGCUCAAAUGAAAAAAUCGGCAGUAGUACCUUUUGAUUACCAGAAAAUACUUAAUGACGAUCCAAUGGUGAAAUUCAGCCUUAAUAUUAAAGCUGGAACAACGUGUUCUGAAGGCAAACAUAUUGCCAUUGAAGGAAAGAUGAAACAGACUGAGGAUUAUAAAACGUACGUCCGAGAAUCGUCAAUGGCUAAGAAAUGCAAGGAAAGUCACAAAAAUAGAAUUAGAGAUUGCCAGGGAGCUAUAAAUAUGGCUAGAAAAGUAAACGGAAUGGAAAUGACAAUCAACUUUGAUUCUGAACAAGAUAAUGAUGCUAUGUUAAAUGCUGUCCAGAAUUCAAACAAACUUUUAAAAAUAUCGAACAUGCAACUUACGAGAAAAUCAAACAACAAGGAAAACAACGAAGUAAUGAUUCAAAUUAAAUUAUCACCUGACAUGAAAAGCGCAGAUGGUAAAAUAUCUAUACCUGGAAACACUUUUACUUUCACUAAUUUUGAAAUGUGUCAAAUAUGGAAUGAUAUUGAUACUGAAACAGACGAAAAAGACACCAUUGAACUUACAGAGUCGUGUACCAUUGAAAAUGAUGAAGCAACAACUUUUGAUGGUAAAGUCUAUCCCUUGCGCCUUGGUAAAUGUCCACACGUUUUAUUAACCACCUACCCAAAACAUAAUCCAAACAAGUAUAAUGAAUUAUGGUAUGUUCCUGAACAUAUGAAAUUAAGCAUUGUUGCCCAAGAAAUGGAAAAUAACAAAAAAGAAGUUAGAAUUCAAAUGGGUAAUGACGAAGUUGUACUUCGACCAACUGGUAUGGAACAUGAAGUUAUGGUUAACGGACAAAAAGUGAAAUGCUCGCAGAAACAAAGCUACCAACAAGUCAAGAACGAUGAAGUUGUCUAUGAAAUAUAUAAACUUCCUGGGCCUGCCGUCAAAUUGUCAUCAACAGAAUAUGAUCUUGAUCUGGUCUACGAUGGCGACCGCGUACAAAUUGAGGUUCCUGACACAUAUAGAAAAUCUAUUCGUGGUCUCUGCGGUGAUUAUGAUGGUAGACCAGAAAAUGACUUUAUCACUCCAAAGAACUGCAUACUACAGAAGCCAGAAGAAUUUGCAUCCACAUAUAUCUUGAAGGAACGAUGCGAAGGAAAUGCUUUGAAACAUGCGAAAAAGGCUAUGUUCUCUAAGUGCGUAUCAGAGGUUACACGCUUCAGUGAUGUGAUAAGCGACGAGGAAGCUGGACGACCAACUACGAAUUGGAAACAAUGGGGUUAUCACAAAAAAGAUAAUAUGAACAAUUGCCACAGUCAUCGAAUUAGAGCUGUAACCAAGGAGAAUAAGAUCUGCUUCACUAUGAGACCUGUACCGAUGUGUGCUAGCGGAUGUAAACCUAAUGGAACAAGGCAAAAGAAAUAUUAUCUUCAUUGUUUACCAAAGAACGAACAAAGUUUAGCAUUGAUGAAAAGAGUUGAAAAGGGAGCUAAUCCUGAUUUUAGUCAACGCACUCCUACCGGUUCUGAAAUGCUCAUGGUUCCCGUAGAAUGUGUAGCUGCUUGAACAAAAAAUAUGCCAUACUGCUAAUAAUAAAAUAUUUCUUUUUUGUUUAUUUUAUAAAACAAUUAUUAUUAUCAAUAUUGUUUUGUGAAUAUCGUAUUACGUUUUUAAUAUAAUAUAAAAUAAAAAAUAAAUUUGUAUAAUCGUUAAAAGA